UUAUCCGAUACUUUAGACAAAGGCUGACUGGCUACGAGAUGAAUGCCCCCACCACCAUGUGUCCUGAAGGUUGCGUUGUAUACAUGGCGAGUCAUCCCUCCACCUACACAUGAGGCUAGCAAGUGAUUAUAAACACUGAAAUGUGGGAGGUUGACUCUGAAUGCAACCGGUGAACGAAUCAGAGGACGUCAGUCAAAAUAACACAUAUCCCACUACAAUUAUUGUCGUCAGUCCAGAUUAGUUUGUUAUUUCACGGAGGUGCGGCGAUGGAAGCAGAUAGUUUUAGUCGAGGUGGUCUGUACACAGAGUCUAUUAUUGCCUUUUACCACCAUCGUAUUAUGGAGUCCAGACACAAAGUGAUGAUGGUUCUGAUGUGAGCGGCUCGCCGACCCAUGUGCCAUGGAAACCUUAGACAAGAUGGAGAGGUCCCCUCGCAGCAGCACCUCCGACAACCUCCAGCAACUCAGUCUCAAGGAGCAUUACGAGAUUCUCCGAGAGUUGGGUCGCGGCACCUACGGAAAGGUUGUCCUUGCUAAGUGUCGGGAAACCGACACCAAAGUAUCCCUGAAAAUACUUCCAAAGUGUAGCACAAAGUUGCGUGAUUUCCAGAGAGAGUUCCACUUCAGCUACUUCCUCUCCCCUCACAGCAACAUCGUUGACACAUACAAUGUUGCAUUUGAAACAAGAACAUCCUACGUUUUCGCGCAGGAAUACGCCCCUCUUGGGGACCUGUUUGAUGCUAUACCUCCGCAAAUAGGAAUGGAUGAUGGUGCCUCGAAAUGUAUCAUUAAGCAAGUCGCUUCUGCCUUGGAUUUCAUGCACAGCAAACAACUAGUCCAUCGAGACAUUAAACCUGAAAAUGUCCUCCUCUUUAACCGAGACUUCAGUAAAGUGAAACUGAUGGACUUUGGGAUGACGAGGAAAGAUGGUACGGUCAUACGUAAGACUAACGGUAGCAUCCCCUACACGCCCCCUGAAAUAUGCGAAGCGGUCAGAAACGAAAGCAUUAAAGUCAGCAGCAGCGGAGAUGUCUGGGCCUUUGGUGUUCUGUUAUUUUGUAUGUUGACUGGUAACUUUCCAUGGGAAAAUGCAGAUAUUGGAGACAUGUACUUCAACGAGUUCGUCUUAUGGCAGAGACGAAAAACAACAAAAAUUCCAUCCCAGUGGAGACGAUUUACUCCCCGUCUCCUCAGAUUCUUCCGCAAAAUAUUGGACAUUAAGCCUGAGCGUCGGUGCUCUGUGAAGGAGAUCUUUAAAUACGUGAGUGACGAGUGGAUGGUCCCAGCUCGAGCAGGUCCAAGUAGCGAGGAUGAAGGUGAGUGCAGUUCAGACACGGACCACAUGGAAGAACUCAGCCAUCUUCUCCAGGACCAUGGUAUUGAAACCAAAGUGGAUAAAAGACUUCGAGAGAGAAGGAUUUCUGAAUGGCUACUAGCAUUAUGACUAGAUCGAGGAACAUUCUCACCACGAACCAUACUGUGCAAUGUGACGUCAGCAACGUUUUAUAUCCUGAGCCAUGUGUUGCUCCCUCUACUCCUGCUGGUGGGGGGAGCCGUGUUCAUGGCCAUCAUCAUCGUGUAUUGUGAUACUGUGACUUCUAUUCUCUGGGUGUAGGUUUACUACCAAGCGAAGUCCAAGACGUAACACACCGAUAAUUCUGUUCUUCCUAUUGAAGGUUUGGGAACAAAUAUUCAUAAUUCAUAUGUCAAACAUUGAACCAUGAACACGUUGUGAUGAUUAUUAUCAUUAUGUUUCCAUGACAUAAUUGUAGUUAAUGAAACAACUGAAUGCUUACUUUACUGAGCGUUAGCUAAGCAUUAAGAUCACUGAUUAGUAUAUACGGAAAAUAUCUCCCACCCAAGUGAAAAUUUCACUUCGGUCCUUCUUCACGUUCACGUUUUCGGUUUGAAAUUUUCGAUACUUUACAUCUAUAUUUUGUCGACCAUCUUCCAAAAGAACUUGGUGCCUCGAAGGAUCACAAUGACCUCAAAUGAAUUUUUUUCAACAAGUCGUCCAAAUCUUGCUGCCAUUUUAAAAACCAUGUUUUAUACUAACGAUAGUAGGUACGUUUUACUAGUCCAUGUACUGUACAUAAAGUUGAAGUGGAAAGUUUCAUACAGUGUUGCCUAUAGUUCAAAGGAUGCUGUAGAAUUGAUACAGCCCUAUAGCAUGUAUUGUAAUAUACUGCCGAAGCCAAAGUCCCUCUAUGCGUCCCCGGUACAAGAGCAAUAAAUAUCCUUGAUGCAAUCUGGACAACUUAUAUUUGCAUUUAUGCGAUAUGCAACGCCACUCGUUGAGUAUACAUACUCGUGUCCUUAUGUUAAUUCAAUAUGUGCAAUAUGUGUAUUGUUUGUAUGAGCGAAUGUGGAGGUGUAUUGUGUGACGCAAUGUAAAAUAUUCUGAAAUCA